CACCGCUGGCUCCGCCCCUGGCGGCGGCUUUUGGGACCCACUCUUCAAAAUGGCGAUAAUCACACGGCUAGCAAGGUUGAGCCUGAAAUUGGAGAAUGUGGCCCUCAGGCCGCGCUCACGGCAGUUUUCGUCGCUAGCAACGAAGCACCGUGCCCUAUGCAAACAGAUACCCGAAUCCCUGCGCCUUGCGGUGUUCCCGACCAGCGCACAGGUGCCUGUGGCGAGCCAGCCUGUGCUGGUGCCGACGAGACACUACAGUGAAAAGCCACCCCUAACCUUUGACUCCAUUCGAGAUAGGACCAUGCUGGUGCUCAAGCUCUACGACAAGAUUGACCCCGAGAAGCUCACCCUGGAGUCCCACUUCAUCUACGACCUUGGCCUGGACAGCUUGGACUGUGUCGAGGUCAUCAUGGCCAUUGAAGACGAAUUCGGUUUUGAGAUUCCGGACACGGACGCCGAGAAGCUGGUGAAGCCGGCGGACAUCAUCCAGUACGUUGCGGACAAGGAGGACAUCUACAAAUAGAGGGUGGGAUCGCUCUGUGGGGAAGCUUUUGCCCGUCUGCGUUUAGUUCCACGGCAGGUGAACUCUGUUUGUCCUCUUGGACUAGUGCGCACCGUUCUCCUGUGUACAGUAGAGGAAAGAGAAUAAAAUCUUGAUUUGUUCUA